UAUUUGGGGAGUUUCCUAAUAAUGUCACUUAGCAGUUGCCUAAAAUUUGUCUUAAGAACUGUCAAGAUCAUGUUUCAAGUCGUUGGCUCACUAGCAGCGUUGGGAUUAAUAGGUAUCUACUCUUUCCAAAACAAAUUGGUUUAUCCAUCCUUUGCAAAUAAUGGAAGAAAACAUGUCGAUACUCCCAACAAAUAUGGCAUGCCCUAUCUGGCAAUCGACCUAACUACAAAAGAUAAUGUCGUAAUAAAGGGAUUCGUGUUAAGACACAACCCUCUUUCUGCAAAUUAUAAAGACAAAACGAUUGUGAUGCUCUCUCCCAAUGCUGGGAAUAUUGGCCACUACUUGCCUACUGUUAAAAUAUUUUUCAGAGAAUUCCAUUAUAACGUUGUUAUUGUCUCUUAUAGAGGGUAUGGGUAUUCCGAAGGUGAACCAUCAGAAAAGGGAAUCAAAUUGGAUGCAGAAGCAAUUUUGAACUACUUAAUCAUUGACGAACAGUUUAAAAGAAGUUCAAUUAUCUUAUAUGGAAGAUCAAUUGGUGGUGCUGUUGGAAUCUAUAUGGCAUACAUCAACCAGGUUUUGAAUACUGAUAAAAAUUUUAAUAUUUCAGCUAUCAUUUUAGAAAAUACAUUUCUAAGUAUUCAUAAAGUGAUACCCUUCAUUUUCCCUCUUCUAAAGUACUGCUCGUUUUUAUGCCAUGAUAAAUGGCCAUCUGAGGAAUAUGUUGAGCACAUAUCAAAAGAGAUUCCAGUUUUAUUUUUAUCUGGCUUAAAAGAUGAGAUUGUUCCCUCAGGCCAUAUGGAAGAAUUACACAAGUUGAGUCUAAGUGAUAAAAAGGUCUUUAUCAAAUUUAAAAAUGGCUAUCAUAAUGAUACAAAUUGCCAGCCAGAUUACUGGAAACAUGUUUAUAAAUUCAUUGAGGAGGAUGUUGUAAAUAGAAAUCUAUGA